UUAAAAUGCUCUUGUUUUUGUCACAACGCAGUUGAUAAUGAGUGACAACCAGAUCAGCAAAGAGGAGGCCUACAACAUGGAGCAAGAUCAAGAACAGAGUGGCAAGCACUAUUCCCGCUGCAGCAGCGCAGGCAGCACCCACACACCCAACUCGUCGGCACACAAUUCUGAUGAUGACGACGAUAGCGGCGAUGCGCGACAAUCGGGCGCCAUAAACGCGAGCUCGACGCUGAGCUACAAGGAGCGCAGGCGCUCGGCGCACACGCAGGCGGAGCAGAAGCGUCGUGAUGCGAUCAAGAAGGGCUACGACAGCCUGCAGGAGCUGGUGCCGCGCUGUCAGCCAAACGAUUCGUCCGGUUACAAACUGAGCAAAGCGCUGAUACUGCAAAAGUCUAUCGAGUACAUUGGCUAUCUGAAUCAGCAGAAAAUCAGGCAGGAGGACGAGAGUGCGGCACUGCAAAAAGAGGUGACGGCACUGCGUAUCAUACAGAACGGCUACGAGACUAUGCUGCAACAUCAGCAGGCCAAUCCGGGGCCCGAAGAGGCGCGCCUCACAGACGAGGCCAAAUUUCAAGUGUUUCAGGCAAUACUGGACGAAAUGUUUGAGACAUUCCAGAGCAUACCCAUGGACAACUUCAAGCAGCUGACCGCCGGCGUCAUACCAUGGCUGGAGGAGCAUUGCAAGCCGCACAUUCUGCGCAACAUUCUCAGCCGUACGCUGCAGCAAAUGGCCCAGGAGACGCAGGAGAAACAGCAGCAGGCCAUGGAGCAGGAAACGGGCGAGGGCUUCAGCUGAAGGCCUUUUAGUUAAGUUUUCUGUUUUUGUUUUUCUCUGUUUCUUUUGGUAAAAUGCUUUCAAUUAGUAAAUGCGUCAUUUAGUUGUAAAA